GGCUUUUUUUUUUUUUUUUUGGUAGUGUUUUUCUUAACAGUUGUCUGAAGAUGUUAAUUUAUUUGCCUUUUUUUUAUGAAGGUCCUUGUCCACUCAGCAAGGACCGAUGCAAAAUCCUACUCCUGGGACAGAAUAAACCCCUGCAGUGCCAUGAACUGGGGACUGGCCAGCUGGGGAGCGUCUCUGCUGGAAAGCACCGUAGAGGUCAUGGUGCACAUUAGGCUAAACGUGAGCCAGCGGCGUGUCCCGGCAGGAAUGAACACCGGCAGCACCCUGCGUAGUGUGGACAGGAGCAGGUAGGAGAUGGAGGGAUGUGACUGUCCCCCUCUGCUUGUCACUGGUUAGACCUCAUCUGGGUACAGCCUUGUGGUGGUGCAGACCCCCUGAGCCACGUUGCAAUGUCAAGACCAGCCAACACUGUGUUCUUGUUUUGGCUACAAGUGCAGUGAGUUGGGACAAUCUGGUAGUUUCUUGUCCUGGUUAUGGUACAGUGAGUUAGGACGAUUAGGCACUCCCUAACCAUACCUGAAACUCCUGCUGCCUGGAUCGUGGCCUGCCCUGGAAGGUGCCAGAAUUACCUGACAAGAAUUGUGGCCAGAAUGGAAAUAUACUGACCAAAGUCACUCAUCUCGCGAUCCUAUAAAUAGCGAUCCUAAGCAAGAGCCUUUGAGCUCUCCAGGAUCGCAGCAGGCUGUGACCCAGCAUCUCCCCCUGAGUUGGGAUGCCUCUCAGGGUAGAUUUCGCGAGGAUUUCGAAGAGUAGGUUUUGCAAGGAUUUCCAAGAUCUUCCGCUGAUAGACGCCGAUGAAGAAGGGGUCAAAGAUCGUCUGCUGACAAAUGCUGACAAAGGAGAAUAGAAGGGAUGGGGAGGCUGAAAGGGUCCCCCGGAUGGCGUGGGGCCAGCAUCGCCGGCGGGCAGCCCUGCUGUGAGUGAGGCACAGCAGCUUGCCUGGUCUUCGCUCGACCCGGCUGGUUUUACCCCACCCGUGCCAGUGAGCUGACUCGGUAAGCUGACUUUUUGGGGGAGGAAAGAGGGGUUGUUGCUCAUGGGCAAUGUUUCCAAGUACCUCUGCCAUUUGCCCCUGUCACCCCACCACGCAGUAGAGCCACACGAGGAGGCGGCCAGCUGUGCUCCUGAGGAGUUUCGGUUUUGUCAUCCGCUAAACAACAGGAGGAAAGUUGGCUGGCAUAUAAGGAAAUGAAAGAAAAAAAAUGACAUUGCAUCAUUAUUUCCAGAGCUAUCAUGAACCGGGCCCCUUUUCGUGUCAGAAUUGGUUUCAUUUCUCCUGAUUCUUGUCACAGCAUGUAGGUGGAGCCUGUAAAUAAAAAAGCACCAGAAGAAGUUGAGAAGUUACUGUUUCUCCUUGCUACAGGACGCUACACAGAAUCUGUACAGAAGAGUGGUUGGACCAGACAGUAAUCACUAUUUAGUGAAGCACUUAUGGACAACCUACAAAGUAGGCCAAAAAAUCAGCAGACCAUGGAUAACAAGAGUGUAGCGUUCAAACAGCUUUCUGAAAGAACGAAAUUUGCCCUGAAGAAAGAUGGUUUUGCACCACCUUCCUUACAACCGUCUUUAGAAGCUUUUUUAGUACCUCUCCCGCCAGACUUAGAAAAUGAAGGUCUUCUGACGUCGGAGAAUGUGAUCGAGAGAAAGCCUAACUAUGAGCAGAAGGAGUUGAAGAAACAGUACUACGGAGAACAGGACAAGCAGACAGCAGAACAUAGCUUGUGCAACCAAUAUGAGGAAAAGAUCCGACCCUGCAUUGAUCUCGUCGACAGCCUAAGAGCUCUUGGAAUAGAAAAAGACCUGGCUUUGCCCGCUAUCGCAGUGAUUGGAGACCAGAGCUCCGGGAAAAGCUCUGUCCUAGAAGCCCUGUCUGGUGUUGCUCUUCCUAGGGGCAAUGGUAUUGUUACUCGAUGCCCCUUGGAACUUAAACUGAAAAGAAUACCUGCCACCCAGGCAUGGAAAGGGAAAAUUUGUUACCGCAACAUCAGCAUAGAGCUCCAGAAUGCCUCUGAGGUGGAGAAAGCAAUAAGACAAGCCCAGGAUGUUGUGGCUGGUACUAGAGGUGCCAUUAGUGGAGAACUAAUUUCCCUAGAAAUUCGGUCCCCAGAUGUCCCAGAUCUGACACUAAUUGAUCUUCCUGGAAUUGCCAGAGUGGCUGUGGGGGAUCAGCCAAAAGACAUUGGGGAACAGAUCAAAAUGCUACUUAAAAGAAUUAUUGGCUGCAAAGAGACACUCAAUUUGGUAGUGGUGCCAUGUAAUGUGGAUAUUGCAACAACAGAAGCACUGAAAAUGGCUCAAGAGGUGGACCCCAGUGGAGAAAGGACACUAGGGAUCCUCACGAAACCCGACCUGGUGGACAGAGGAACCGAAGAAUCCGUCAUUAACAUAAUACGAAACCUGGUCAUCCCCCUCAAAAAAGGUUACAUGAUCGUGAAGUGUCGUGGGCAGCAGGACAUCCACAACAAAGUGGCCUUGGCUGCUGCAAUCCAGCAGGAGAGAAAAUUCUUUGAGACUCAUAAACAUUUCAGCAUUCUUAUGGAAGAAGGAAGGGCUACUAUCCCUCAUCUGGCAGAGAAGCUCACAAAUGAACUUGUGAAACAUAUUAUUAAAAAUUUGCCAGCACUAGAGAACCAAAUACGUGAGGCACUCCAAAAAACGUUACAAGAUUUACAAAAGUAUAGAAGAGGCACACCCAGAACAGAGUCUGAGAAGCUGAUUUUCCUCACAGAUUUGAUCAAACUCUUUAAUCAAGACAUCUCUCAGACAAUGCUUGGAGACGAACAGUUGUUUGGAAAUGAAAUCAGACUGUUUACAAAAAUCCGCAGAGAGUUUCGCACGUGGGAGGUGAUUCUCCUAGAGUGUUCUGCAAAGGUUAAAAAAAAUGUACCCAGUAAAGUGUGGAAAUAUGAAGACCAGUAUCGUGGACGGGAGUUCCUGGGCUUUACCAAUUACAGGGCAUUUGAGGACAUCAUAAAAGAGCAAAUCAUAGAACUGGAGGAGCCAGCCGUUGAGAUACUGAACAACGUGAUCGGACUGGUUGAAGAGAAAUUUAUGGAACUCACUAAAAGGCAUUUUGCUAAUUUUCACAAUCUAAACAGAGCUGCUAAGACCAGAAUUGAAGACAUUAGAGAGCAACAAGCAGCGGAGGCUGAAAGACAGAUCCGGACCCAGUUUAAAAUGGAGAGAAUUGUAUACUGCCAGGAUGACCUUUACGUUAACGAUUUAAACUCUGUUAAGGCAGAAAACACUACCAAAGCUGGCAAUGGGAAAGAGUUGCAGGUUGGAUCUGUUUCGAAUCAAGAGCCCUCCUUUGUCCAGGACAUGGUUUCUCACACGAAGGCCUAUUUCAAUGGAGCAAGUAAACGCCUCGCCAAUCAGAUACCUCUGAUCAUCCUGUCUUCUGCCCUUCAUGACUUCGGGGAUCACUUGCAGACCACAAUGUUGCAUCUUUUGCAAGAAAAAGACAAGUUAAGCCAUCUCCUUCAGGAGGACAGUGAAGCUGCUAAAUAUAGGAACUACCUCAGUCAACGAGUUAAUCGUCUCACCAAAGCCUGCCAGUACCUGAGAGACUUCACCUCACUGUAGAUUUCUUCAUUUUCCAGAAGUAUUUGUCUACUCUUGUUUUCUAGCAUUAUUGAAGAACUUUGUAAAAUCCCCUAAAAAUAUAAUAUCAGCACAGACCUUUAACACUCAUUUCUAGUGCUCAGUUCUGCUUUAUUUUCCAUAACCAGUUAUAUGCAAACACCUACCCUUAUGUAAAGUGCUCCACUGGGGGAGUUGUGAUUAAAUAAAAGUUAUCCCGCUUCUAA